UGGCUGUGUUGGUCAGAGAAGCCUCCAUUUUGAAGGUUGAGGAGGGGGAAAGGCCUCGUUCAAUGAGCACAAGUACAGAGGUGGUAAAAUUGAGAACAGGACUCUAGGUGCAGAGGAGGGGCGCAGGAGAUCGCUGUCAUCCGGAAUUGCAUCCUGCACUGCCAUCCUGCCAGGUCGGUCCAGCCCGAGGAGGCCAGAUGUCCCAGAACGAGAAGGAGUCAGGGUCACCCGCUGAGAAUCGAAAGCGUGAGGUGCUUUCCGUGCCUGCGGAGCCCGCCACCUCCACUGGGCCCAACCAGAUGGCGGACCCACCUCCGCCUUCGUCCCCUCCUCCUCCCAUCCUGGUGUCGGUGGCCACGGCUUCCACCUGGUCCUUCCCCGCUGACCCGGUGACUCCCACCCAGUCCGAAGCCAGCACCAGCGGCGGCACCAAAACCAGCGCCAGCUCCAUGGAGGACGUAAGCAAGGAGUUUUGCUUCCUGCUGUGUCACAGCUGUAAAUCAGAAUCCAAAUGUCCCAAACUCCUAUCCUGCUUACACACCAUCUGCUCUAACUGCUUGGAGAGCCACAAGCCGGCCGGGCAAUGCCCUGUCUGCCAGGACUCCCAUGCCCUAGACAACAACCUACGCUCCAUGGACAACCUCUUCUUUGAGAGCCUGCAGCGACGGAUUUCUGUCUACCAAAACAUCAUCCAGGGUGGGUCCGGAGCGUCUUGUAACCGCUGCAGGGAACCGGCUGAUUUCUGGUGUUUUGAGUGUGAGCAGCUCAUCUGUACCAGGUGUUUCGAAGCCCACCAGUGGUUUGUGAAGCAUGAGGCAAGGGCUGUGGAGGAGCUGAGAAAAGAAUCUGCCAAGGAUUUCCUAGACGGCACACGUAAAUCCAACAACCUCUUCUGCCCCAACCCUACCCACCGGACUCCAUCCCUUACCAGCAUCUACUGCCGAGGGUGUGCCAAGCCCAUCUGCUGCACCUGUGCUCUCUUGGACAGCAGCCACAAGGACCAGUAUUGUGCCAUUAGCUCCGAGAUCCAACUGCGGCAGGAGGAGCUGGUUAAGAUCACCAGGGACCUGAAAACCCAAGAGCAGACCUUCACGGAUGCCCAUGAUAAGAUCCAGAUGGCUAUCAGUCACCUGGAACAGAUGAAGAAGGAGACCAAGGAGCUGAUCCAUUCUCAGGUCCAAGUCAUGGUGGAGCAGAUCCAGGCCAAGGAGAAGGAGCUCCUGGAGACGGUGGAGGGUCAGUACCAGCAGAGCCAUGAGCAGAUGGCGGGGAGGCUUCGGCACCUGAAAAGCAUGCUUCAGCGUAUCCAUAAUGGCGAGCUCUUGGUGGAAAAACUGCAGCAUUACGCCUCAGACCAAGAGGUCCUGGAUAUGCACACCUUCAUCCGGGAAGCUCUGGAUCACCUCAAUAAGGAGAAGCCUAUGACCCUCCAAGCCUCAGUCAAGGUGGAAGAAUUUGAAGAUUGUAAGGCCAAACUCCAGGCUCUGUUUGUGCGAGUCACCAAGGAGAAAGUUUCUGAAGCUGCUAACCUGGAGAAAGAGAGCAAGAAGGAAGAACCCAUGGAGCCCACUACCAUCACCACAGACAGCGAUUCGCAAGAUGAGAAGAAGUUACAGAAACAGGGACAUGUCACAGACAGUAAGAUUGAAACACAGGGGCAGUCUCCUAGUGCCCAGUCAAGGAAGAGAAAAUCAUCCCAUCCCAACAAAUUAAACUCGCGGAAGGUGAUCAAGAAGGAAUAUGGAGAAAGUGAAAGACAGAAGUUGAAUAAGAUCUUUAAGCAACCCGAGGCCAGCACCUCAGGAGCGAACCAACCCACCAAGACGGAUGCCUCCCCCAGCCUGGUGAACCCAGCCCCGGGUUCUGAAACACACUCUGCAGCAGAGGCCAACAGCAGCACUCGCCCUGAACUAAGUAGGCAAGGUAACCCAGUCGUGAUAAUCAGCAGCUCUGAAGAGUCUGACGAGAGCGAGUCCUGCAGUGAUUUCGGAGAUAGCAGUGACUCAGAAGAUCUUGUGGAGUGCACAGGCAGCACAAAAGCACCCCCCAGCCACCCCAUCAGAGAACCCAGUCAUGAAAACAGAGCUUUGGUGUUCUUUGACUACAAGGUUGACAGCAAAAUAGCCAAGAAGAUCACCCAGCUGGCCGCUGUAAAUGGCGAGAACAAUUUCCGUAUCAUCAUCCAGCAAGAUGAGGCCCAUUUCAGCCUCUUUUCCAGGGGGGUUGCCAUUGAGGAUGGCCUGCAGAAUUUCCUCUGCUACCUCCGUUCUUCCUCCCACCCCAUCCUGGCCGGCUACAAGCUCUGGUCGCCUAACGUUACCGUCUUCUUUAAGGCCCUAGAGACUUCCUCUAAAAAGGGGGAGUUCCACGAGAUCAUCUCGGGGUUCGUGGACGUCCUGCCUAUGGUCCGUGACAGAGUGCCCGGGGCCAGCAGCUAUAAGCUGAAGAAUCUGGUCAAGACCUACCUGUCAAAAAACGUGAAUGACAACAGUGCCCUGGCCUCGGUCAGGGCCAUGCGGGACCUCUGCAAGAUCCUGCAUAUCUACCCAGGCCAGAAUAUCAAUCGCAGAGUGCUCCCCUUCUCUAACCUGGACUGCUUUGCUUCCCUACAGCCCCUGGUCUACGUCAGUGUCCUGACCCGCACCCAGGCCAAGGUCCUUGCCCUCCGGAAUGUUAGCCUCACAGAGCUGCAGGCGGCCUUCCAUGAUGAUCCUGAGUGGGGACUCAGGAAAUACAGUCGCUACUUGGCCUCUCGGAGCUCUCGGUCACUCCCUUCCUUGCUGGGGCUUAGGAACUACCUCGAGAGCCUGCUGUCAAACCCCAAGCCAGAGGGAAAGCAGGCUGCGGGUCCCAACCAAGCUCCCCUGGGAAAAGCCUCUCCCCAGACCAAGAAUGGGGAGUGAGCUCUGCUGCAGGCCUGGGGGAUGGGAGGGAGAUGCCACGUGCUUCUCCAGACUCCACUGGCCAUGUUUCUGUCUCACUCUGCUAUUCGAUGUUCUAGUCCCCAAAUCCCUAUUUAAACGGGCUUUCCGUAUCCCUCCAUCUGCUUGGUCUAAAGGCCUCUGUGCAAUUUCAUGUGGAUGUUAUCCCCUUUCCCAACCCCCAAUCAAGGAGGGUUCUUUAGCAGACAGGGCAGAGACACCUGGAAGGUGUCUCUUUAUAAGACCAAGCUGGAAAGGACCUCUGGGAAUAGGUGGGAGAGAGAGGGCGAAGAAGGGUGGUUUCACCUUCUAAGCCCCAGCUCACCCCUUCCUCAGGUUCCAACAUAACAUAAACUAGGAGACCCUCUUGCCAUAUAGGCCCACCCAGGUCCACCCUCCAGAUUAUCUGUCAGGAAGGCCAAGAGUUUCAGGACAGGUCAGCGUCUCUCUCUGAAGGUCCUCCCUCGGCACCAGCUCAGAUUUCAUCCAACAGGCCUCUUCAGUUCCCUAGGGUUCAUAGACCGUUGCUCAGCUCCCUCUGGUGGCGCUUCCCCGCCCUCUCAGCCGCAGACGCUGUUCCCUGCUGAGCUCUGGACAGCCGCCUGGGACAUUCCAUCCCCAUGUGCCACCUGCCUGGGUGUAACUCCAAGUGCCUUUCAUACUGGAAUUGCUGCCUGUGCAUGGUCGUGGCUCCCUUCCCCUCCCCUCCCCACCAGCCCCUAGCCCUGCCUUCCCCCAGGCUCAGUUGCUUCUGCUCUUCAUUGGUGUAGGUGCUUGGCUCUUUUUUCUCUUCCUAUUCCAUAUUUACAUAGGAACCGAUGUGAUUCAGUGGCAGAUGAGGCACUGAGUGAUUGAUGCCUCUUCACCCAUGACUUUCUUGCCCUGUCUUUGUAAUAUUCUCCCUGCUUCCUCCUCAGAAUUCCCAGCUCCCUUUCUCCCAGCUCCUCCCACGCUCCUCUAGCUGUGGGAGGCAUUGUGGUAUGUUGGCAAUAAAUACAUGGGCCCAAGAAUCGAAUUCCCCGGGUACUUAUGCCUACUGUAGCGCUACCCCCUGACCGACUUGACGCAAAUCACCUCCACUUUCUUGCCCAAGUUCCUUCAACUCUCAAAUGGGGAUUGGACCAGAGUCCUCUGAGGUCCCCUCCCUCCCUGAUGGCGUGCAGUUCAAUGAUUCUGUUUAGCCGAAAAGACCCAUGUUUUCUGAAGAUACCUGUGAUUCUUCAGUGAUCAUUCCUGUUGAAGGGGAUGCCUCGAAAUGAAUCCUGUGUUUUAGGGCAUCUCAGUUGCAGAAAUAUAGAAGGUCCUGACCAUUAUCCAUCUGUUUGGCGGCAGAAUGAGGGUCAGAGGCCAUCCAACUACUGACUCACACUUAGUUCCUGGUGUCCUUUGGCCUUGACAUCCUGGGUGACAUUUUAUUAUGCAAAAUAAAAGAAAGAUACACACACACACACACACCAGGAAACAAACCUUGAUUGGUAUAGUAUACAUUCCCCCGCCUUGGUCUUCAGUAAGUGGCUUCACAUGGGUUAGAGAUGUUCCCGUUGUAAGAAAUUCAGCAGCUGUGUCUGAUCCUGGGCAUCUAGAAAUGGGAGGUGAGGCCCAAGCUGCUCCCCUCUUAAUUCUCAACUGUCACUACACCGAUGGACCCCAGUUUUAGAAAAUCAGCUGGAUAUCUGGAUUGACAUCCAAGAAAAAUAGACAUGGUGGUAACUCACCUGACAAAAAGAUGCUUCCAUUUGCAGAAGGAUUUGCCAUGGCAUUCUUAAUAUGGGGUAAUGGACAUUGCUGGGCCUGGACCUAGGAUUAAUUUGCUGUGUCCUGCUGGGCAAAUCAGCUCACCUUUCUGGGCCUCAGUUUUUCCAUGGCUAAAUGGGCAUAAAAAUAAUGUCCUACUCAUCUCUGACUUAGUGUGGCAGCUAUGAAAAUUGUAUGAGAGAUAAGCUAAGAAACUACCAUGUGAUGCCAGGGAUAGUUUUAAUAGUGAGCUCCUUGGCACAUUUAAAAUAGGUUCCAAAUUAUUCAGAGAGGCUUCAGCUUCAAUCAAUCAACAAGCAGCUUUUAAGGAACAUAGUUAUUUGUGCAAGGCAGAGGGCACCUGCAUCACAAAUGGAGGCCAUCUAUCGAAUUGGAGGCUUGAGUCAUAAUUCCAUUAUAUGACUUCCAUCAAUAUUGAAGGAAUUCCUGGCAUUCUCCGUAGGAAAGGCAGAGGAACCCUCUUUCCCUCUCAGUGACCUAAUUCACACUAUGGACUUUAGCAUUUAGCAAUUCCAUUGUCACCUUGGGACUUUGUGUUUUCAGAUUUGCAAAUACCAUGUGAUAAUAUUUACACCAACAGAGUGGUUUACUGUUCUCUCUCUGCCUUCCCAGCUUCAAAUGAAUCCGUCUGUCCUAAAAGCUGAGCUCCCAAAUGGUUGACUUUGCUCAGCUCAUGAUAAGUGAGAGAUGUCCCCUCUCUUUAACACCAUUUAUCUUUGCCUAACCGCAACCACAACUCUGUAAUGGGGGAGGGCAAAACCUGGUUUUUAGAACAGAACUUCUCCUUCAGACCAAAAUUCUCACUCCAAUGUUUGUAAAUUGUUGAAAAUCUAGAACUCUUUAUCUCUUCCCACACCACAAACUAACUCUUCUUCCUGACUUCCCGAUUUUUGUUAGUGGGACCACCAUUCUCUAGAAAAUGACUGCAAACUCAAAGGCUGCUUGGAAGAUCCAAGUCAUCUACCUAGGCCAAGAACAGACUUUAAUGGCAUCCGUUCCUGGUUAAGAAGUAGUCAGUGAAUUCUUGUUUGGAAUGAUGGAUGAUAUAUGUCUUUUUUUUCCACACUGAUGCUUAGCAGAGGCUGGUACCUGUAUUGUUCUUGGAUCCUACUGUUCAUUUUGGUAAGAUUUGUUCAUUUGUGCAUGUACUCAUCUGACUGUCCAGAUCCAAGAGGAGGAGUCUGUCCCUCCUCAUUGGCCUACAGAUCAUUUCAUGUUAAUAUGGGGUAGGCCUUGGGGAAUAGUCAGCCUAAGGUGAGGGUGGGGGGUGGGGGGGCCUUGUGAACUGACUAAUUGCCACUGUCAGUGAUCUGUACUGGAUGAUGCUUCUAUUAUGGAUGCUUCUUCCUCUAUUGAAACUAAUUAGUAGUGGAAUUAGAUCAUUCAACUCCAGCUUUUAUCCUGUUCAGUGUGAUGUCCUCCUGGUCCAAUAAGCCUGCUGUAUAUCCCAAAGUUGGGAAUCUUAGGGCCCCAGGGCUCUAAUAUCUGUGUAUCUUUGUUCUAUUAUCGCCAUUAAAUGAUCUAACCCUUGUA